CGACCUCUCUGGUUAGCUUAUAAAAACCCUAAUUUCUCUAUCUUAAUCGGCUAAAUCGAAGUCAAGUUUUCCGACGAGAGCAAAUUACAAACACUCAUCAUACACCGCCGUCGACGUUAAGACAUGGCCGACGAAGCCAAGGCCAAAGGUAACGCUGCUUUCUCUGCCGGAAACUAUAAUGAAGCUAUCCGUCACUUCACUGACGCCAUCAACCUCGCCCCUACCAACCACGUCCUUUAUUCCAACCGAUCUGCCGCUUAUGCCUCCCUGAAUCAAUAUUCCGAAGCUCUCACUGAUGCUCAAAAGACUGUCGAUCUGAAACCCGACUGGUCUAAAGGCUACUCACGUCUCGGCGCGGCUCAUCAUGGCUUGCAUCAAUUUGAUGAUGCAGUUUCGGCUUAUAAGAGAGGGCUUGAAGUUGAUCCUAAUAAUGAAACUUUGGAAUCUGGACUCGCGGACGCUCAGUCAGCUCAGGCGGCUGCGUCAGCCUCUUCUCGGUCACGCGCACCGCCGAAUAACCUGUUUGGAGAUGCGUUUGGACCGGAUAUGUGGGCGAAGCUAACGGCUGAUCCGGCUACACGAUUGUAUAUGCAACAGCCCGAUUUUGUUAACAUGAUGAAGGAUCUUCAGAAAAACCCUAGCAAUUUGAAUUUGUACUUGAAGGAUCAGAGAGUUAUGCAAGCGCUUAGUGUGUUGUUGAACAUUAAGAUGCAAACUCAUAUGCCUGGAGAUGAUAUGGAGAUGCCGGAUUCUCCACCUAAGGAGAGGAAACGUCCUGCUGAUGAAACAGAGUCGGUGAAGGAGAAGAAGCGUGAGCCGGAACCUGAGCCAGAACCGAUGGAAGUAAACGACGAGGAGAAGGAGAUUAAAGAGAAGAAAGCACAGGCGCAAAAGGAGAAAGAGGCCGGUAAUGCUGCCUACAAGAAGAAAGAUUUUGAGACAGCGAUCGCACAUUAUUCAAAGGCCAUUGAACUGGAUGAUGCCGAUAUUUCGUUCCUUACAAAUCGCGCUGCAGUGUACUUGGAAAUGGCAAAGUAUGAUGAAUGCAUCAAAGAUUGUGAAAAGGCAGUGGAGAGAGGAAGAGAGCUUCGUUCAGAUUACAAAAUGGUUGCAAGGGCAUUAACAAGAAAAGGAACUGCUUUGGUUAAAAUGGCCAAAGUCUCCAAAGAUUAUGAUCCUGCAAUCGAAACCUUCCAAAAAGCUCUUACAGAACAUCGUAACCCUGAUACAUUGAAGAAACUCAAUGAUGCAGAAAGAGCAAAGAAAGAACUAGAACAACAAGAGUAUUAUGAUCCUGAACUUGCUGAAAAAGAACGUGAAAAAGGAAAUGAAUGCUUCAAAGAGCAGAAAUAUCCAGAUGCUAUUAAGCACUACACAGAAGCUUUGAGAAGAAAUCCCAAAGAUGCAAAGGCAUAUAGUAACAGGGCUGCUUGUUACACAAAACUUGGAGCAAUGCCAGAAGGUCUAAAAGAUGCAGAAAAAUGCAUUGAAAUUGAUCCAAAAUUCUCAAAGGGGUAUACAAGGAAAGGUGCAAUUCAGUUUUUCAUGAAGGAAUUUGAUAAAGCUUUAGAGACAUAUGAAGAGGGAUUAAAACAUGAUCCUAAAAACCCAGAGUUGCUAGAGGGUGUCAGGAGCUGUGUUCAACAAAUUAACAGAGCUAGCCGUGGAGAUCUCACACCUGAUGAGCUAAAAGAGAGACAGGCAAAGGCUAUGCAAGAUCCGGAAAUUCAGAACAUUCUUACUGAUCCAGUGAUGGCACAGGUGCUUAAGGAUCUUCAAGAGAAUCCAAAAGCAGCACAAGAUCACAUGAAGAAUCCUUCAGUGAUGAACAAGAUUCAGAAGCUGAUAAGUGCUGGGAUUGUGCAAAUGAGAUGAAUACAAAAAACACGUUAAUUGGUCUGAAUGGUUUCAGUGAAUCAUGAUGAUUUUUGUUUUGGAUUUUUGGGUCUAGUUGGUUUUUUUUGAUGUUAUGUUUUUAACUUUUUGCUUAUGAUUGAAACAGUUAAGUGUAUGCAAACAAAUAAUCAGGAUUUCUUUAUCGAUGAUUGUUGGUCACAAUUUCAGCUAGGU